AUGUCAACUGCCGCUCAAGAAGAGUUUAACGACCUGGUCGCCAAGAACACAUAUCGCGAAACCCUCCACCCUGAGGACCGUGACGACCCCGAUCUCAAGAACUACCAAGAUCUUUCCGAAGAAGACGUUUUCCGUAACGCCCAGAUCGAUAACGCAAUGCGCAUGCCUACUGUCGAUCGCCUCACCGGCGCUGGCGCCUCUGAGAUCAAGCUCCCUCCUGUCUCUUUCGACAGUGGCCGCGCUACUGGCGUCAAGGGAGUCAUUGCCGACGCGAGAAACUACGAGGCUGCCCGCAAGAACAAGUGGCGACACCGAGUCCGCACUGCCCGCAAUAGCAUCUUCGGCAUUGAAGCUCCUACUCCCGUGAAGAGCGAUACCGAGAGCAGCGAUGACGAUGCGAAGAGCGCAAGUGAUGCCGACGAGGAGGCUUUCCUUGCUGAGUGGCGCGAGAGCCGACGACGUGAACUCGAGAGCGAGGCCAGCCGAUCUGUCAGAAACCGACGAACAAGUCCCAGUGUACGCAUCUAUGGCCGACUAGACGAGGUUGAUGCCCUCGGAUACCUCGAUGCCAUCGAAAAGGUCGGAAGGGAGACUACUGUUGUCGUGUUUGUGUAUGAUCAUGAGUGUGAGGUCUCUGCUACUAUCGAGUCAGCACUCAUGCCCAUUGUCAAGACCAACCCCGAGGUUCACUUCGUCAAGGUCCACUAUGAAGAGAUCGAAUUUGACAACGCCGCCGUGCCCGCUAUGCUCGGAUAUCGAAAUCAAGGUGACCUGUUCGCCAACCUAACAGGCCUGAUCGAGAUGAUCCCCGAUGAUGAGACCUUUGGCACCUCAUCGUUGAAGCAACUACUACAAAAACACACUAUUCUAUAA